AUGCUAUCUCUUUUUCUCGUGCUUAAAUCUGCCGAUGCUGAAGAUGUGAAGGCGAAGUUCACGUUCAGUGUACUUGACGAGAAUGGUGAACCUGUGCCUUCAUACAGCCGUACAAACUGGGGCUACAAUGAGUUCAUCAAGAAGGCUGAUCUGGAGGCAUCGGCGCACAUAAGAGACGACUGUCUCACCAUCAGGUGUGAUGUCACCGUCAUCCACAGCGAAGAAACAAGGGUUCCUCCAAGCGAUCUCCACCAGCAUCUCGGCGACCUGCUCAUGAACAAGGAUGCAGCAGACCUCACCUUUCAGGUAGGUGGAGAGACAUUCUCUGCUCACAGGUUUGUCCUCGCAACUCGGUCGUCCAUCUUCAAAGCUGAGUUCCUCGGCGCCAUGAAGGAAAGUUCUGCUGCUAGUCCUAUUGAAAUCUGUGACAUGGAAGCUGAUGUGUUCAAGUCCUUGCUCCAUUUCAUAUACACCGACUCAGUUCCUACGGUGCUUGAUGUGGUGACUGCUGGUCACCUACUCCUUGCGGCUGACAGGUACAACAUUGUCAGGCUAAAGCUGAUAUGCGAGGAGAAAUUGUGCAAUCAUAUUGAUUCCAGCAUGGUGGCAACCACUUUGGUUUUAGCUGAGCAGCAUGGUUUCCAUCGUCUCAAAGAAGUUUGUUUGCAGUUCCUUGCUUCUCCAUCCAAUUUGGAGGCGAUGGUGGCAAGUGGUGGCUAUGAGCAUUUGAAAUCCAGCUGCCCAUCUGUCCUCAAGGAGGUGAUAUCUAGAAUCCUGCCGGCUGAACUGAAAGUGGCAAACGAUAUUAUCAUGGAAAUGUGGAAGUAA